AUGGCCGCCCAAAGCCACUACGAUAGCGAGGACUUCAGUAUGACCUACCCCGAGCCACCCCAUUACUCGACAGCGACAAUGGAUCUGGGGCUCUCGCCUGAGCCAUAUAGCGCGUACCCGCGGGCCGCACACGAGUACCCGGCUACGAUGGGGUACGACAACGGCCCUGUAUAUGCCGAAGCACCAUACAUGUACAGCGGCAGCGGGCGGGCAUCGCCGGGCGCCUAUCCCGAGGACGGCGAUGCUGCGCGCGGCCCCGCCUCCGAUCUGAGCGCUUCCUCGUCCACCAUGGGUUCACCGCUGUCCAGCCACGGCCAGAUGGCGCCGAUCUCCGAGUGGGCCUCCGCACCCCAUGGACUAGGUGUGACGCCUGGCAUCGUCGACCAGGCCGACUACUUUCCUGGAGGCGAGUACUCGUUCACGCCGGGAGCGAUUGACGCCUUCCAGCAAGCACCCUACGACUUUCCUACCAACAAAGCCCCUGGAUUCGUUGACCCAUCCUUGAUCCACCCAGACGUACGGCCCAUGGCGAUGCCGUACGAACCAUCCUACCCGGCGCCGCCCAACUCUGGUUAUCCCGCGUCGCCCUCCCUCUCGGUGUCUGCUUCGCCCCAGCUCCGACCCAGCAGCGCUUCCCCUUUUGUCCACAACAACGGCUACCAGUCUUAUUCGCCCUUCCAGCCGCCUGUCGACCCCCAACGACGCGUGAGCCUUGUGUCGUACCAAUCCAAUUUCUCCGGAGAGCACCCCUACAGUGGGGAUGAGUCGCGGGAGAAGCAGCGGUGCCCGCACCCGGAUUGCGGCAAGGCAUUCAAGGACCUAAAGGCCCACAUGCUCACGCACCAAACUGAGCGGCCCGAGAAGUGCCCUAUCACGACGUGCGAAUACCACGUGAAAGGCUUUGCGAGGAAGUACGACAAGAACCGCCACACCUUGACACACUACAAAGGUACGAUGGUGUGUGGCUUUUGCCCCGGCUCCGGCUCCGCGGCCGAGAAGUCGUUCAACCGAGCCGAUGUUUUCAAGAGGCACUUGACGGCGGUGCACGGCGUGGAGCAGACUCCUCCCAACAGCCGGAAGAAGUCGGCUGGUGCUAGCAACGGAAGCGCGAAGCUUACAGGCUACGCGCCCGAUGCAACCGGCAAGUGUUCGACAUGCUCGCAGACUUUCGGCAACGCCCAAGACUUCUACGAGCAUUUGGACGACUGUGUGCUGCGCAUUGUCCAGCAGGAGGACCCGGCCGAAGCCAUCAACGCCCAGCGGCUAGCCGAGGUCGAAAACGACCGAGAUGUCCACAACACUCUCGAGAAGAACCACCUCCCGACGACCACUAUGACUACCACUACCGAGGAUGCCGACGAGGAAGACGACAACAUGGACGACGACGAAUACGACGACGAAUCCAAGUCGGGCGGUCGUGUUGGCAAAGGGUCGCUCUCCUCACCAAGGCGAACGAAGGGCGGCAAUCCCGUCAACGGCGUCCAGAAGUCGCGCGGGCUCACUCACUCGCGCGGCGGUGUCCCGCUUCAGACCAAGACUCGCGGUCGCAAGAACAGGCGCGACUACCCUUCGUCGUGGGGCUUCGAUAAGGGACAGAUGACCAUGAAGAAGCGGGUCCUUGCGGUAUUUGACGGCCCGAGGCGCCUCGCCAAGGACGACAUGAUGCUGUCGACUGAGCAGGAGGUGCGCAUCAAGCUCCAGGAUGGCAAGUCGUACGUUACCGACCUUGACCUGCAAACCCUUAAGCGUGCCGAGGGUUUCCUAGGCGCCACCGACGAAGAGAAAGGCCCUUGGGUCUCGGACGACCCGACCGAGGAGCAGAUCAAAGAGAUGCUUGAAUUCAGCACCUCUGAGACACCCGCUGCCACAGCCUAA